AUGGUGAGUAUUUAGUAUACUUACCGCUAUUACGCUGAUACGUCUACCUUAAAAAUAUCUUCACACUGUUUUUGCUCUAUGCCUUGUUAUGGGCUGCCUUGUGGCAAAGCCCAAUCGAAAAAUGGAGGCCCACGUCUGUGCAGCAAGAAGACAAUUAAUAAAGGAUCAGGUUACGUUUCCCGUCCCCCCUAAGAUGGAGUACCAUUUUUAAUUAUUGGGGGGGGGGGGGGGGGUUUUUUCCAAAAAAAAAAUUAUUGGGGGGGGGGGGGUGGUCUUUUCCAAACAAAAUCUUGCAAACAGACUUCAGUAGCCAUUUGAAAGCCGUGUUAUCGACGUUUAAGAGAUUUUGAGUUGUACUAACAGCAAGAAACUCAAAAUCUUAAACGGCGAUAAAACGGCCUCCACAUGGGUCUAGAGGCAUAGAGAGAGACAGUAAAUAACCGAAAACACAAACACAAGGUAAGUCAUUUUUAUUUCUAUUUUUGUCCAAAAUUGGAAUUUAAGACGUAUUUUGUUUAUUUUUCAUACAUUCUCUUACAAAUUCAAAGUCCAACGAACUCUCACAGAGUUUGGGCUGCCUGUGCGAACACCAGAUAAUAAAAGUGCCCUGGGAACAAUCAGCAAAAGAUUCCAUGUGAAUCUAGAGAAAGCAGGACUGGGCGGAAGUACAUAGCCAUUACAAAAAGCUGGUAACAGCAAGGUGAUGGAUACCUAAGGUGACGGGAGGUCACCUGGUACCAGGAAAUGAAACGGUUGGAAGACCAAGAAAAGGUCGUCACUUGUUUCCAUCCGCCAAACUAACAUUGACAGAUUAAUGAUUCGUACACAAAGUAAGGGUUAGGGUUAGGGUUAGGGUUAGGGUUAAGUUAGGGUUAGGUUUAGGGUUGUUGCUAUAUAUAUUCAAAUUAAACCCUCAAACCCUCGGUGUUAUAGGGGUUAAAGUGAUGCACUGCAGAGCCGAUGAUCCGAGAUCGAAUAUUACUCGUGCCAUCCUGAAUUUUUUUUCCUUAAAAAUUGAAGAGACUUAGACUUUUAUGAACAGAAAUUUCAAGAGACAGAGAAAUUUCAAGUAAGAAAAGUGAAACGUCUUGUGAGAGCCACUGAGAAGAAAAUGUCAGUUUAGCGGAUGGAAAUAAGUGCUGACCCCAAGAAAACCGUGUGCACUAACAAUUAUAAUAAUAAUCAUUAUCAUCAUCAUCAUCUUCAUCAUCAUCAUCAUAAUUAUAAUGAAGACGUUGAUGUUGAUGAUGAUGAUGAUGAUGAUGAUGAUGAUGAUGAUGAUGAUGAUGAUGGUAAUAAUGUGCUGAUACUGAAGAUGAUGAUAAUACUAAUAAGUAAAUAACAAUGAUACAUGUAAUUAUAAUUAUAAUGAUAAUGAUUCAACGAGGGGGAUAACUGAUACAAUAUCUGUAUUUCAGGUAACAACGCACUUCAAUCGCGAACGAAGAAUCCUCUAUGCUGUUGAGCAACAUGAGAUCCCUGGUCUGAUGAAGUUGUUCAGUAAGCGAUCAAUGAUUGCCGCUCCUCGCGGCGUAGCAAACAGAUGUAAAUCAAGAAGAAAAGACCAUUGGUGGGCUUGCGGCCGUUGCUUUUUCGAACGCGGAAAGAAAUCGACAAUUAAGAAUCAUUUAAUUCAACAAGUUUGUCAAAAGUCUGUUGAAAUUAGAAAAUGGGGAAAAAAAUUUUGA